AUGUAUUCCAUCGCGCCCUCUCCCACCCCCACACUUUUAUCAGACCCAGUGACCUCCACCCCACCAGACACUUCCGCUCCAUCAAUCUUCCGCUACAUCAUCGGGUUCCUCCUCAUCGGUGUCGCCUGGGGCUUCACAACCCCAUUCAUCCGAGCCGCCGCGCGAACUCACCAACCGCCCUCUCACCCCAUUCUCUCAUCUCCCUCGGUUACCAAAUCUUUCAUCAAAUCUAAGUUAUAUGGCGCUUUCUUUGGAGUGGUGGAUCUUUUGAGAAACCCUAGAUAUGCGAUUCCAUUGGUGAUCAAUUUGACGGGGAGUAUUUGGUUUUUCUUGUUAAUCGGCCAGGCUGUUCCCAUCACAAAUUCUCUGGCUUUUCUCUUCACAGUAUUAGGAGAGUGGUGGGUGGAAAGAAAAGUAAUCAGUCGCGAUACCUGGAUUGGUAUGAUCUUGUCGUUAUGCGGUAUUGCGCUCUGUGUCCAUAGUAAGACGGGAUGA